ACUGCACUGAGGAUCACACUACACACACUGAGGAAUAUGAACCGGAGGGAUCUCGCAGACUCAUUGGAUGAAAAUCCACUUUUGGAAACAAUGCAGCUCAAACUGAAAUCAGUCCUGAAAAGGAAGUCUGAAUACAUGUUUGAGGGGAUACUGAAGGAGGGAAGACCAAUACUUCUUAAAAACAUUUACACAGAACUGUACAUAACAGAGGGAGGAUGUGGAGACAUCAACAAUGAACACAAGGUGAGGCAGAUUGAGACAGCAUCCAGGAAAGCAUUUGCAGAAGAGACUGUCAUCAAAUGCAGAGACAUCUUUAAACCCUUACCAGGACAGGACAAACAUAUCAAAGUUGUGAUGACAAAAGGGGUGGCUGGCAUUGGAAAAUCUGUCUCUGUGCAGAAAUUCAUUCUUGACUGGGCAGAAGGAAAAUCAAAUCAGGAUUGUCAGCUGAUAUUCACUCUUCCGUUCCGAGACCUGAAUUUGAUGAAGCGGAGAGAAUACAGUUUGAUUCAAAUUCUGCACCACUUCUUCCCAGAUCUGAAAGAGUUAAAAUUCACUGACAUUGAUGCUUACAAGCCUUUGUUCAUCUUUGAUGGUCUGGACGAGUGCCGUCUUCCUUUAAAUUUUAAAAGCAAUGAAAGAAGGUGCAAUGUAACAGAGCCAACAUCAGUGGAUGUGUUACUGACAAACCUUAUUAUGGGGAAUCUACUGCCCUCUGCACUAGUCUGGAUAACCUCCUGCCCAGUAGCAGCUAAUCAGAUUCCGCCUGACUGUGUCCACCGAGUAACAGAAAUACGGGGGUUCAGCGAUUCCCAGAAGGAGAAAUUCUUCAGGAAGAGAUUCAGUGAUCGGGACCUGGCCACUCGAAUUAUCGCCCAUGUAAAGUCAUCACAAAGCCUCCACAUCAUGUGCCAUGUGCCAGUCUUCUGUUGGAUUUCAGCUACCGUCCUUGAACAGCUAUUUGCUGAGGCAAACAGGGGUGAAAUCCCCAAAACACUGACCCAAAUGUACACACACUUCCUGCUCAUUCAGACAAAAGCAAAGAAUCAUAAGUUCGGGGAAGGGAAUGAGAUAGAUAAGCAGAAAGUGUUGCAGGCAAACAGAGACAUCAUUCUGAAACUAGGGAACCUGGCUUUCAAAGAGCUGGAGAAGAACAACCUGAUAUUCUAUGAGGAAGACUUGAGAGAGUGUGGCAUUGAUGUCAGUGAAGCCUUGGUGUACUCUGGGGUUUGCACAGAGAUCUUUAAGGAGGAGUCUGUGUUGUAUCAGGAGAAGACUUACUGUUUCAUGCAUCUGAGCAUCCAGGAGUAUCUGGCUGCUUUGUAUGUGUUUCUGUCACACAUAAACAGCAACAAAAACCUGCUGGAUCAAACCCUCUCUGGAUGAUUCUUCAGGCUAUUUAAGCAGACAACACUGUCUGAGUUGCAGAAGAAUGCAGUGGACAAGGCCAUGCAGCGUCAAAAUGGACACCUGGAUCUUUUCCUCCGAUUCCUCCUUGGCAUAUCGCUGAAUUCAAAUCAGGCUCUACUGCAAGGCCUUAUGACACAGACAGGAAGCAACUCAAAGAGCACUGAGGAAACCAUUCGAUACAUCAAAGAUAAGAUUCAUGAAAAUCCCUCUCCUGACAGAUCUAUCAAUCUCUUCCACUGUCUGAAUGAGCUGAAGGACAAUUCUCUGACACAGGAAAUCCAGAGCUACCUGAGCUCAGGAAGUCUUUCUACAGAAAAGCUCUCACCUGAACAGUGGUCGGCCUUGGUCUUCUUGCUGCUGACAUCAGAGGAAGAGCAGGAUGUGUUUGACUUGAAGAAAUAUGUGCCGUCAGAAGAGGGUCUUCUGAGGCUUCUGCCAGUGGUCAAGGUCUCCAAAACUGCCCUGUUGGACCGUUGUAACCUCACUGAUAAAUGCUGUGAAGCCUUGGCCUCAGCUUUCAGAUCAAAGCCCUCAAGCCUGAGAGAGCUUGACUUGACCUUCAAUAAACUGCAUGAUUCAGGCAUGAACCUGCUCUCUUCUGAACUGGGAAAUCCACAGUGCAAACUGGAGGUACUGAGGUGCUGUAAGGUGACAGAGAGAGGCUGUGAUUCUCUGGCUUCAGCUCUGCAUUCAAACCCCUCACACCUGAGAGAGCUGGAUCUGAGUUACAAUCACCUCGGAGAUUCAGGAGUGACAAUGCUGUCACAUGUACUGGAGGACCCCAGCUGUAAACUGGAGAAACUAUGGUAUUGUAACCUAUCAAUGGAAUGCUGUUCAGCCCUUUCCUCAGCAAUCGGUUCAGAGUUCUCAAACCUGAGAGAAUUAGACCUGAGUGAUAAUGACCUGCAGGAUUCAGGAGUGCAUCUGCUCUCUGCCAGGCUGGGGAGUCCUCACUGUAAACUAGAGAUGCUGAGGCUGUCAGGCUGUCAGGUGACGGAGAGAGGCUGUGCCUCUCUGGCUUCAGCCCUGCGUUCAAACCCCUCACACCUGAGAGAGCUGGAUCUGAGUUACAAUCACCCAGGAGAUUCAGGGGUGACAGUGCUGUCACAUGCACUGGAGGACCCCAGCUGUAAGCUGGAGAAACUGUGUAUGGACUAUGGUGGAGAGUGCCGCAUGAGACCGAGUCCUCAAAAAUAUGCCUGUCAGCUCUCACUGGACCCCUACACAGCACACAAGGAGGUGUUUGUGACUGAGGAUGACACCAAGGUGACAUGGGUGCCAAAUAAGAGGCCGCAGCCUGAUCACCCUGGGAGAUUUGAAUUCACUCCCCGAGUGCUGUGCAGAGAAGGCCUCUCUGGGCGCUCUUACUGGGAGGUUAAGUGGAACGGAGGAGAAGGGGUUGAAAUAGGAGUGGCUUAUGGUGACCUUAACCGCAGAGGAAAUUUUGAAUGUGACCUUGGCGUGAAUGACAAAUCCUGGGCAUUUGGAGUCAGCCACGAGUUUGAGUCAGAAGGCUGCUACAUCAUGCACAAUAAAAAGAAGAGUGUUAUAUCCAUGCCUGGUUUCUACAGAGUGGGUGUGUACCUGGACUGGCCAGCUGGUACCCUGUCCUUCUACAGGGUCUCCUCGGUCACAGUGACCCUUGUGCACACUUUCCAUGCCAGGUUCACUCAGCCCCUCUAUCCAGGGUUUUGUUUCAGCCCUAACAGUUCAGUGUCACUGUGCCAAGUGGAGCAGCCCUCUGCGCCCUGAUUACAAAGUAC